GAGAGAGACAGAGAGAGAGAGAGAGAGAGAGAGAGACCCGUCGCGCGCCCGGGUUCCUUCAAUCUGGAGCGUCAGAUGGCAGCGCUGCAUCUUUCAUCCCCAGGUUUUUCUAACCGGUUUGGGCGCGCGACUUUUCUUUCUUUCUUUCUCUUUCUUUCUUUCUGUUCUUUCUUUUCUAAAUCCCGUCAGUUUACACAGAGACUCGGGAGCGAUUCCUGAUUGCCAAGCAUGCACAGCGUGUUAAAGCCGCGCACUCCUACACCCCGUCCAGCUUCCUCUCCUAUCGCGCGGAUAAAUGAAUUUCCUCCGGUUCCCGUCCCGUGCUCCGGGAUAUAAAAUCUGACAAGUUGGACUGGACUCCAUUCUGGUGCAGGGUUUGGAAGAGGUUGAAGGGGAUCACUGCAUGCGUGCUGUUUUAGUCUCUGGGAGGAGCGAUGCGCGCUGCUCGGUCUCCCUGACCCCCCACUCGAGCGCUUUGUCUCGUGGAGGAGGCGAAACGGCGCGAGCGUUAUGUUGGUUUCUUUUCCCUGUGUAUUAUUUGCUGCGCAGAACAAUCUGACCAACUCGGAAACAUUGUUACAGAACUGACCUGCCGUCCUGUGUAGGAGAAUAACAUUGCCAUUUCGGAGCGCGUGAACAAACGGACUUUAUAAAGGUGUGAAAAGGGGAGGGUGGGGGGGCACGAGCUGUUUAACUCAACCGGAUAUUAUUGUUGGGAGCUAAGAGAGGAACGUGUGGUGUGUGUGUGUGUGUGUGUGUGUGUGUGAUAUCAAGGCAUGACACCAGGAGGAGUGAGAGAUUAAAUUGUUCACGUUGCCUCGGGUCAGCCCGGUGAUUUUGGAGGGAUUUUGCUGGGAGUUUGAGUGGCGCACGUGCAGCGGGGCAGCCCGGAGUUCCGGAGCAUCAUGGGCUGCUGCAGUGGUCGCUGUACACUGGCCUUCAUCUGCGGCAUGCAGCUGAUUAGCAUUUUGGAAAGACAAAUAUUUGACUUUCUUGGUUACCAGUGGGCGCCGAUCCUCACGAACUUCAUCCACAUCAUCACAGUGAUUCUGGGCCUGUUUGGGACGGUGCAGUUCAGGCCGCGAUACGUCACUGGGUAUGCAGUCUGGCUGGUGCUCUGGGUCACCUGGAACGUCUUUGUCAUCUGCUUCUACCUGGAAGUGGGUGACCUUUCCAAGGACACAGACCUGAUCAUGACCUUUAACAUUUCCAUGCAUCGCUCAUGGUGGAUGGAGAACGGUCCUGGGUGCAGGGUGACCCCUGUGACCCCUCCGCCCUCCUGGGCUCCUGAAGACCACCGCUACAUCAGCAUAGCUGGCUGCGUUCUGGAGUACCAGUAUGUGGAGGUGGCCCACAGUUCCCUGCAGAUCAUCCUGGCUCUGGCUGGGUUCAUCUACGCCUGUUACGUGGUGAAACUCAUUUCAGAAGAGGAAGACAGCUUCGACUUUAUAGGUGGCUUCGACUCCUACGGGUACCAAGGACCACAGAAGACAUCUCAUUUGCAACUACAACCAAUGUAUAUGUCAAAAUAACAAGGACAAACUGCCUUAUGAACCAAUCAAACGAUGAACUGCUGUCUCAACCUUUCGUCUUUUUACGUAAAUGUCUUAAUAUGAUAGUGUCUUAAGAACCAUUGGAGGAACCAAGAUGUGGCACUUUAACCAGUCAACAACUGGAGAAAACUAGAGCCAAGGCACUGGAUUUUCUGCCUUUCUCAGUCUGGUGCUUGGUGUCUGGCUGGUUUAAGCAGGAGUAAGAGCGCCAUCCCGUGGCCAAGACGCUCUCU